CGUCGAUCGAUCGACUGAUUCUGAAUCUCAUUCAUCAGGAAGAGAAACGAUCUCCGACGAAAUCGAUUGUUCCCGCCGGUUUCUGGAGGAAGGCUCUGUGUUUUACGGCCGAUCCGAGCAAAUUUCUAGAAGAAGUAAUAACCCCAGCAGUUUGGAAUUCUCUUAGGAAGUACGCAGGUCUUGUAGAAACUCUGUGAAGACUCUUCAAUGCCUCCCCCUGCUGCACCUAGAUCUGGAGAUGCCAUUUUUUCCAGUGUUGAGCGUGUGAAUGCCGAGCUCUUCACUCUUACAUAUGGAGCAAUUGUGCGGCAGUUACUUACUGAUCUAGAGGAGGUUGAAGAGGUUAACAAACAGUUGGAUCAGAUGGGCUAUAAUAUUGGGAUUCGUCUCAUUGAUGAGUUUCUAGCAAAAUCAAAUGUAUCCAGAUGUGUUGAUUUCAAGGAAACAGCUGAAAUGAUUGCCAAGGUUGGGUUUAAAAUGUUCUUAGGAAUUACUGCAUCAGUUACAAACUGGGAUGUUGAUGGCACAUGUUGUAGCCUUGUUUUGGAAGAUAACCCUUUGGUGAAUUUUGUUGAACUUCCUGAUUCUUGCCAAGGUCUCCAUUAUUGCAACAUCUUAAGCGGCAUUAUUAGAGGAGCUCUAGAGAUGGUGUCAAUGAAGACUGAAGUCACGUGGCUGCGUGAUAUGCUAAGAGGAGAUGACGUGUUUGAACUCCAGCUUAAAUUUUUGAAGCAGGUACCAGAGGAGUACCCAUACAAAGAUGACGAAUAAAUUUUUCGGUAUUCUCUGCAAAGUUUGAGUUACUUGAAGACUAUUUACCAUUUUAUUUUAUUUUUCGGGUCAACAAGCUUCAUUUUUAUUACAUUGGGGGUAUGAUUAAUUCUGAGAUCCUAUACCUUUCAAUUGUUGUCACUUUCCAGCUCUGAACUUGGCAAUGUUAUAAAUGACUUGGAAAAAAGUUUGUCAACCCUUCAA